UAUUGAUGUCAAGCUAUGAAAGAGGGGUUAUCACUAAUAUACAGGGUGCCUAACGCGCCUAAGAGCUGCAUCGCAGAAAUCUUCAAUGGCGAUAUGACAGACGGCAGCCCCAAGAAGAACGGCAUGGCGCGCCAACGCGUCGUCCGCGACACACCGACGCGUCCGCGUGACACUCACUCGAGACUUUUCGGACAGGCAGCGAGCAAUGGACCCGUUUCUCCAUUGAUCACCGACACCAUCCGCAGUAACAUCCAGUUUGGUGAUUCUGAAAUGAACGGCGGAAGUCCUACGCACUCCCCCGCCAAGAUGAUGAACGGAAGCGCUUAUUCGACACCCAGCCGAGCGUCAUACACGCCACCGAAGAGGAAUCCAGUGACAGGCGAUGGAGUGCCUCUGACGCCGCUGCGUCGCCGUCAUCCGGCUGCGAGCCUGCGAGGUGCCGAACCAGACUUUGCUGAUCCGUACCUAUCUUACCUGUUAAAUCCCCAACCGACCCAUCGAUAUUUUACUCGUGAAUGGCCACCGCGUCCCGCCAAUUACUAUGUUGAAUCCACUACAAAACCUGCUUUAAAUAUUCAACACACGCCUUACGCUCUUCUUGGUUUAAAAACUGAUGACCCCGAAAAAGACCAUCCAGUUAUCGAUUCCGAUUCAUUAUCGCCUCAACCAAUUUUAGACAGACAUUGGCCUCCGUUUCCGGCACAACAUUAUCUUGAACCUUCUGAAUUGAAGGUCCCGUACCAUCCCUUGCCGCCAUAUGCUUUUGUCGGUAUGACGUCAGUCUUGGGCGAGAGGCCACAGCCUGAUUAUAAGUAUAACCCGAUCCCGACAUUAGAUGGACGAAUCGAUCCAUUUUUAGUUGCAAAUUGUGAUCCACCUCCCACACUUUUCAAAUAUGAUCGCGAUGCCAUGAUUCCAGAUAUGACCCUCUUACAAACUCCAUUGAUUCCGGGUCCCCACACUUUGACAGGUUUCCCCCCAAUAUUCCAUAAGUACGUCCCUGGGUACCUAUUUAAAAAGAAUCGGCACGGAGAAGACUUCAAUCCUAAGACGUACUUUGUAGAUUAUGUUCGCCGAAGGGAGAUGGGUGGGUGUUUAAUUUCGACAGAAGGAAUGGCUUUUGCACAUCUGAUGAAAUGAAUUAUUUUCAUUUUGAACUGUUGUAGCUUUUGCAUUUAUUUUAUUUUGCUGUCUGUGAAAGAAAGAAAAAAAGAACUGUGGAACAAUUCCUUCAAGUCAUCAAAUUAAGCACUCACCGUCUAUUAUUAUUUGCUGUUUAGUAUCGGUAUUCAAUACAACGAAUACAAUGCUUUAGGACCUGUUAGACUAAUAGUUUGUUCACUUAACUG